GAGUUCGAGGCUAUAUAGCUACAAAUAAACCCUACGGGAUUUAUGUUAGCGGACAUGAACGAGUAGCGCAUGAAUUGUGUGGAUGUCGGAAAUCAACAUGGCGUCCCUAGUAACCAAGAAUGCCCGGAGGUCAGUGAUGUCUCCCAUAGAACCCUUGUCUGUGUUGCUUACAAUAACACUUCUUCUCACUUAUUCUGGAUUCUCUGCAGGGAUCAAAGUAGUUUAUUUGACAUCGCACUGUGGCUCUGUGAUUCCUACUGGCGUUGGGGGUCUUCUAGAGGCAGAGGCAGGGCUGAAGUAUAAAAAUAAUAUCGACUGUACCGUCACUCUGUCUGCUCUACCUACCCAUCGAAUCAUGGUACAGUUUCAUCGGUUUACUCUGGAGAGUGGGGUUAAUGGUAAAUGCCCUGACAGUUUAAGGUUGUUUGAUGGUAAUACCGUGGACGAUCCAGCGCUUACCGCUGAGCUCUGCGGACGUUUUACCCAGUUACCUGAUUACGUCUCCAGUGGCAGCAACAUCACCGUGAGGUUUAAAACGGAUGAUGGCGGACAAUCCUUGGGAUUCGGAAUCUACUUCACGCAAGUAUCAGUUGCACCCUGCCUGAGCGAUGAAGAGUUUGAAUGUAACAACACCUAUUGUAUCGAUCGGUCAUUGGUCUGUAAUACAAUCAACAUGUGUGGCGAUUGGAGUGACGAAGGUAACUGCACAGCGCCCCCUCCUGAAGUUCAAGGUCUACCCUUAGCUGCCAUUGUCGGUAUCGGCGUCGCCAUCAUCUUCGUCAUCGCGAUGGUCGUCCUACUAAUCCUCAAGAUCAUCCAAUAUCAACGACAACGAAUGACUUUGAAGAGGCUGGUUGAUCAAGUCGACAAGGACGUCAAAAGAAACCCAUACGCAAGGUUACCGGCAGACGCAUCAGAAGUCAUCGACCAAGACGAAGAUGAAAGCUAUGUGUUAAAUACUGAUGACAUCGGGUUGAGCGGGAAGGUUUUCGGUCGAAAACGAUCCUCAAAGGUUGCGCCUGCGCAGUAUGACUCUUAAAACAGUGGAUCGUUUCAUGAAAGGAAUUGUAGGACGCUCUAUCAGACAAGUAAUGAUCCGACAGUUACCAUAGUAACGCUACCUCUCAGCCAAUCAAAGUCAAGGAAAGUUUUUGGUCGAAAACGAUCCUCGAAGGUUGCGCCUGCGCAGUAUGACUCUUAAAACAGUGGAUCGUUUCAUGAAAGGACUUGUGGGACGCCUUAUCAGACAAGUCAUGAUCCGACAGUUACCAUAGUAACGCUAUCUCUCAGCCAAUCAAAAUCAAGGAAAGUUUUUGGUCGAAAACGAUCCUCAAAGUUUGCGCCUGCGCAGUAUGACUCUUAAAACAGUGGAUCGUUUCAUGAAAGGAAUUGUGGGACGCUCUAUCAGACAAGUCAUGAUCCGACAGUUACCAUAGUAACGCUAACUCUUAGCCAAUCAAAAUCAAGAAAAGUUGUCUGACAAAAGUGUUCAUGGAAUGCUCCCCAGAUGACUUGAUCACCUUGCACAAAACAGUUCCUUGUACUUAAAAAACUCGCAAACCAACCUCGGAAACCAAUUAAAAUAAUGCAGUCUCGCUUGACAGUUUCCCCCGAGUCUCAUGCGGAACCAGAUUGCAUGUAUUGGGAAUUCUCCUCAUAACGUACAUACAAGUUUAAUUUCAUCUUCAUGAGAAAUUACAAGAUAAAAGAUCUGCCUAACAAUUUAACGUGGGAAUACGUGAUGCUCUAUUUUGCUCCAGUUUUCAUUUCAGUCUCUCCAAACCUAGACGGAAAAUCUGGUUUUACAGAGGAGAUUUUUUUUUAAAUUAAGGUUUUCUGAUUUUUCUCGGUAUGGAGGGAGGAGCUGUCAUCGAGUCAGAUAGUCUCAGCGGAGAAUAUCCUGACCGAAAUAGAAUCAUUGUUUUCGGUCCACUCCAAACCAUACUUGAUCACAUAUAUUUUUUCAUCCUUAAAACAAUCACCUCUUAGUAAAAGUUAUUGCAAGCAUUGUACUCGAGUUUAUUAACUAUGCUUGCCAAUGGAAGAACUCUUCUAUCUAGAAAGGAAGCUUAUUUUGUUUGUUUGAUAUAUAAUUAUUAUUCGGUGUUAGUAUCGUUUUGAUGUAAUGUAGCAGGCUUUGUUUUUCACCAUCUUACUUGUCGUUAUUUGUUAUGUACUGUUACAGUGCCUAAAGGAAAUUCCGUCCAUUCUUCUUUUUAUAAAUAUCUGUUUUACAUAAGGUGUAAACUUUAAUAUUUGAUCUUGAAAUGAAUGUGCCCUGUCUGUAAUGAAACAAAGGUCAAACUUUAAGAACCAUUUGAUUUCUAACUGCGCGAGUGGUGAGGGAAGGGGGGGGGGUAUUAACUUACAUACAUACGUGUGACCAGAAAAGCGUGCAAAAAAGAUAAUAUUUCUUGGUUUAGAAGUCCUUGGCGAAUUUAGGAUGUCAAAAAGAACAAAAGCAUAAAAGGAAAGUUUUUCUUUUUGAAGGGGAGAAAAAAGGCAAUGUAAUAAUU